AGCACACUACAGAGGUCCGAACAAUGAAGGAUAAAGGAUUACUUUUGAACAAGCUUUAUGUAUGAGCUUGUUUCAAAAGCACCUAGAACACCCCCACCCCAACACACACGAUCAUCCAUGUUUACUGUUUUGUGUUUUGAUCGUGAUGUGUCUGACGGUACCGCCUGCACUGCAUCUUCUUCCUCCAGUUUUUUGCUAUCCAUUGCGCACUGAGUAGCAGAGCAUUUGUUUUUCUGUCGACUUAUAAUCUAUAAUCAUGUGUCCUGGAAGAACAGGAGCGGGAUCCUACAGUAACAGGACGACCUAUUUCUGACAAGUAUUUUGCGCGUCACACCUUGAGAAGCUUUAUUUUUGAUACUCUGAUCUUUCUCGUAGCGCUAGCAGUGCAGGUAAAUCUACUUUGCAGAUUCGUAAAAAGACAUAUUUAUACAGGAGAAAAAUGACUUCCCUGCUGCCCCCGGGACGACUUCGCCUGCUACCGGGCUCUCGACGCAACGCGCGGGCCGGUCUCGAUAGUACGAUGGUUUCAAUCAAGCGCCUGACCGAUCUGGCGACGGGGACGUCCAGUAGUAGCACCGCGGGUUCUUGCCGCUCCCGGCGGCUGGGAACAACACCGAGGAUCGCGGAAUUAUUGCAUUGUGCGGAUCAGAAAGUAACGUAUCUCCAGCAGCAGGCUGCGCGAAAAUUGCAUGUCGGGCGAGUACUAACUGGAGUCCACAGACAGCAAGCACGAGGCUCGUCAGAAGAUAGACCUGCAAUCCUUUUACGAAGGUCUUUCUCUACUUCUUUUCCAUCUUCCUCAGUGCCGCACUCGCAAUCAAACGGCAGAUCGGAGCAGGACUCAAAUUAUCAUGACGCAGCUUCUGGCGCGUCAACAUCAACAAAUUCCCUCCAUCGCUAUCUCCUCGCGGCCGCCGCAGGCUUGUCGGGGUACGUCCUCCUUUCCGCUACUACUCCGACCUCUUUGGUUUCGGAUCUGCACACGCCAGCCGGGAUUCUAGACUUCUCCAUCGACGGCGGGAAGGCGAUGCUGCGCGAUUUCGUCUGGUUUGCCGGCGGUGCGACACUGUUCGCGAGAGUGAAGGAUGCGAAGUCUUUGGAGUUUUCAGUGUUGCAGAGGCAACUGCGAAACAGUUGGGAGUUUGCGCAGCGAAAGGCUCAGCAGGGUGAAUACGGAAAAGCGACAGCGGAGCUGAAAUCGUAUGUGAAAAGCGCGAACAGGCCAAAGGCGUCCCUCCGCUGGGUGCAGUUUGCGGGGUUACUAGCGUUAGUGCAGGUUUUUGCGAAAGGGGUGUCGUACGUGCGGAAGCAGGGUUUGAAGACGGAUGAGUUGUACACAAGACACUGUGUCCGGCGGGAACAAAUGCUGCGACACAGUGCGGCGCGGAACGACGGUAAUGGGAUUUCUGACGGGAAGGAGGAGCAACAGCAAGGCGGGGCUGGAGAUGUGGGUGCUUCUGGCAAGAUUUCCUAUGAGGAUUUUGCUUCUGUGGUUGCCGCGAUACGGAAAAAUGUACUACAACUUGCACUUCUUUGUUGUGCUUUGCGUUUUCCGUCCUCUGGAUGCUCGAAGCCUACUAUCUGAAAUUUAGACUUGCAUGUGUACAACUGGAGCAGGAGGUGGGGCCGAUUCGGAACGAAAUCUAGAUCGACAUCAUCUGUUUUCUACACCGCUGUAAAAUACUACUUAACCCAAAACCUCUUGUUCAGGAUUUCGCCGCAAUCGCCGACCUCUUCAAAAUCCGGUCCGACAUUGACAUGCUGCUCUUACUCAACCUCCUCCGCGAUGUCGACGCUCUGCGUCCGACCCUCAACUGGGUCAUCGACGGUUGUGUGCGCCGCCGCACCGAGCGCGAGCUGUACAUCGAGGUUGAGAAGCAGGCUCAGAGGCUAGUGGACGAAUUGAGUCCAGGGUUCAUGGAGCGCACCCUGUUGCCGUUGCUGUUUCGGGAACGACUCGAUACAACAAGUUCACCUUCAACGCAUGUUGCUGGAGCAGGCCACGCCGGGUCCACCUCGUCGUCUCACGCUGUUGAAAAGAACUCUGGCUUUGUCACACAACGACCCGAUGCUUUCUACAAGUCUUUCCUGCGGCACUGCCUUGCGUUCGACGAGAACGGGGAGCUAGUUGGAAAGAACGAUACAACUAGUAGCGGCAGUAAUUCUACAUCAAUACCAGCUAAAAAUAUCAUCAAAACCAACUUCACCACCCGACUAAACCCCUGGGUCGUUUGGUUCCCGCUAUUCCAGGCCGCCCGCUUUGCAGCGCUGAACCCACUAAACGUUUCCGAGUCUGUGCGCACCAAGCUCCUCGGGGCGCAAGUGGCGGGGGUUGCUGGACUGGCGUACGAGAACUUGAAGUAUUCAGUGCGGGUAAGUGUUCGCACGUGGUUGCACUUGGUCAACGGCUUGGUUUUGGGAUACGCGGUUUACCACGGCGUGAUCCCGUAUUGUCUGUCAUCAGGUACUAGUACAAGUACUACAUCUACUGCAGCUCGAGCAGGAGGAAACCGACUGGAAAGUGGAGAGGAAGUAUUCAAUGAGGAAAGUGAGCUUGUCACGCCAAAAUCUGCAAGGACAAGCGCAUCAAGUCUAGCCACCGCCGGACCCGGACGCCGCACCAAAAAGAUGAAAAUCAUCGCCAAGGAUGGGCUUCUGUGGCGCACGCGCCCGCUCUGGUUUUCCACCAUUGGGGACGAAGAUCAUCCGCAGUACGGGGAUGUUGUCGAAGUGGUGCCACUUGAUGAGGACGAAGUUGCUUCCAACAACGGGGGCGAUUGGGUGCAGGUUUUGUCCAGUGCGUCAGCAAUGAUCGGAGGUGGAAGCGGCUGCCAUGGCGGUGUAGUUGGUGCAGCUGUCGCGGGUGGUGCAGUGCUUUCCGCGCCUUUUCCCCCUCCUUCCAGGGGUGUGCAGCUUUUCCUGCCCGUCCGAAAUGGGGCAGAAAGAUUGUUGGCUGACAUUGUCUGAGUGAAGAAGUUGAAUAAACUGAACAAAACUCCAAACAGAUGAAGCCGUGAAGGAUCAUAUGCGUUGCAGCUGUCGUGCAUUUUCGUAAUACUUGGACGUGGUAAAAACUCCGCCCGCUGCUGAGCAGGCUCGUCGAAUAAGUAAGCUGCGUAGAAGAAGUCAGCG